ACUAUGAUUCACUGGGCUGCACAUUUCUCUGCUGUGCGUCUCUUGGAGAAUGCCAUCUCAACCGAUUAUUGGAAAAUCAUGUAGGAAAGUGUGCGCUCACAGGCAGAAAAAGGACUUGGAUAGAGGUGAAAAUGCCCAUGGGUCAUAAUUUCUCAUCUGUGACCAACAUGGUCCAGAUCUGUGUGAUGCUCUGUUUGCUGUCAGUUGUCGUCUCCCAGUCGACAAAUUCCUCAUCCAAGAAAGGUCGCAACAUCACCAUCCACUCCUCCCAGCUGGUCUGCAGUGUGCCAGGUCCAGAAGGGCCUGCAGGGAACCCAGGAGUCCCUGGAUCACCGGGGGCCAUGGGACCCAUGGGGCCCCCAGGGAAGGAUGGCCCGGAUGGGAAGGAUGGGGAGAAGGGAAACAAAGGAGAUCAAGGUGACCCAGGGAGGACUGGGAACCCUGGCAAGCCAGGUGUGAAAGGCCGUGAAGGAGUUAUCGGGAAGGCUGGACCUCGGGGACUGAAGGGGCAACGUGGAACACCAGGGGUGGCUGGAAAACGGGGACCAAAGGGGGAGCUGGGUGACACAGGCCAGGAAGGAGCUCCUGGACGCUGCAAUUGUGGCAGUGCAGCCCGCUCAGCCUUCUCUGUGGCAGUGACAAAGAGCUACCCUAAAGAGCGAAUGCCCAUCCGCUUCAGCCGGAUCCUGCUGAAUGAGGGGAAUCACUACAAUGCCAGCAGUGGGAAGUUUGUCUGCGCUAUACCUGGAGUCUAUUAUUUCACCUAUGAUAUCACUCUUGCAAAUAAGCACCUGGCCAUCGGGCUGGUGCAAAAUGGACAGUACAAGAUCAAGACAUUUGAUGCAAACACAGGGAACAAUGAUGUGGCGUCCGGUUCUACUGUUCUCCACUUGCAGCGGGCAGACCAGGUCUGGCUGCAGAUCUUCUACUCUGAACAGAACGGUCUCUUCUUUGACCCUUUCUGGACAGACAGCACAUUCACUGGCUUCCUCAUCUAUGCUGACCAGGAAUUUCUCAAUGAAGCUGAUAGAAAAGCAAAUUCCCAGGAUGACAGUUAAUACUGUAAUCCUGAAAUAUCCUUGUUUUGAUUUUGUCAUUGACUUUAAUUAAUAUCAAAAUGUUAUGAAAAGAUUGCUCCAGCUCCACAGUUGAAGGCUUCAGUGAAGUUCAGUUGUUGAACAGGUUCUGACACCAGGGGGCGCACAAGUAGACAAGUAAUUCAACUACAUUUGGGAAACAACUUAACAAUGCUAUAUCACUUACUUUCUGAUAGAAAUCUUUUUAAAAAUUGUCCAAGACAUAAGUGAAUUCUUUUCAAUUCCCUUUGUUUCCCUUCUUUAAUUCAGCUCAGAGGAGCCUUAAGAUUGCUUAAGAGUUUUACUAGUGGCACAGAGUCAUCUUCUGUGAUGCAAUCAAAUUUCUAUUCACAAAACAAAACUGAAAUCAAUACAAUAUUGUAUAUUACAUUUACAGAAUUAUGGACACCUGAGCAUAUAAGUUAAUGGGUUUGUGUAUACUAUUUGAUUCUCUAAACUUGACGAAACCAAGAAACUGCCUCUAUAAGAAGUUUAUAAUUAUUUAGUUUAGUACUAAUUGCUUGAUAAGUUGAUUAUUUUGGGGGGUGGGGGGACUUUAGAAUUAAUUAAGCAAUUAAUAUUUUUACCCUUCCUUUUUGACAUACAGUGGUGAAUUAAAAUUUUGUUUUAACUAAUAGCAGCUAACAUAUUCUUAGCAUGCAUUAUUAAUACAAUACUACCACUGGGUGAUUGUGAGAAGAUAUCCUGCAUGACCAGAAAUAGUUUAAUGUAGCCAUUUUUAAUUUGAUGCAUUUAAAACAAUAAGAGGCCUGGAUGGAGAGAGAAGACAUAGAGAUAGCUUCUGUAUGUGCUACAUCUCUUGUGUUGUUGUUCUGUUUGUGUAACCUGAUUUAUUUAAUCAUUUAUAUGCUUUAUCUGUCACACUUAUGAUGUGAAGCUCUGGCACCAAGACUGGUUUGCAAACUAAUUGUGAUAUGUCACCAAAUCAUUCUCAUACAAACUUAAACUGUGAAUGUGAAAACAGCCUUCUUGUGUCAAACUCUGCACAUCCAUCAUUUUACACAGCGAAACUCAAAAAUCAAAGUCAAGUAAGAAUAAAGAAAACAUGUUUAAAUGAGCUCUUAGCUUUUUCAUUAGCCAGAUCAAAUACUGAAAUUUUCUACAGUGGUUAUUUAUGAUGGAUAUGGAAGCAUUGCAUGAAAUAAGAAAAGGAAUACUAUUUUCUUUGAAUAUUUGUAACAGCUGGAUAAUUUUGUGCUUUAUUCUGCUCAUUGCUGUUACCUUCCUGUCUGCAGCUUUUGGUGGUAUGGCUUUCUUUAGCAUCAUUUCAAAACCUGUCUAGAAAAAUAACUUCUUUGUCCAUGUAAAUGGUGGCCCUUGGCAUUAAUCAUUCAGUCAAUCAAACUUUUGGUGCAGAGGCUUGGUUUUAAAACUAGGCUAAUUUAUAAAUAUGCUAAUUAGCAAGUGUUAAACCCUUAUAAUAAGAUAAAAAACCGGGACAAUAAGAUAAUGGUGUAAA